AUGUUUGAAAAUAUAUGCAGUGAUAAGUUAUUCGAUAAACAAAUUGUAUGGUUUACUACAAGACCAACACUGAGCUCAUGUAUGCUCAACACAUGGUUCGUAUGGAUUCCCUGUCUGUUCAUGUGGUUAUACAUACCGAACCUGUUAUACAAAUACAUCAUUGGCCGCACAGGUGUUAAUAAAAAUGUUAUCAAAUGGAACUUAUAUAACAUUAGUAGACUGUUUGUGGCCAUUGUCAGCACUGGUAUCCUAAUAGCAAUGUUAGCAUUGAGUUUGUGUCGCAAAUAUCAAUGGUCGGACAGUCCCAGUACGGCAUACAUUAUAGCCGUUGCCAUACAAACAAUCACAAGACUAGCGCUUUGUUUUGUGUUUUUCGUUCACCGAUUGUCCGGUAUUACGACCAAUGGUUGGAUUUGGUUAUACCUAUUAUUGGACACUAUUUUAAGUGGUCUAUCAUUGGCUACAUAUGCUACACAAGAUAUACUAUAUAACUAUGAAUUUAUACUCUAUUGUAUAAAGUUUGCGCUAACUAAAAUAGCAACAAUUAUACCGACACUGACUCCGACUUAUGGACCAAACAUACUGUUUGUCCCAAAUCGGGCGCAUCCUAUGCAUCGCGUAUAA